AUGGAGAGACACACGGUGCACGUCAGUGAGCAGGCCACGGUCGCCGUUGUCAAGCAGUCCCAUCAGACAGCCCUCCACAGAGCAGCGAUGGUGGGGAACCGUGAUGGUGUCUCUGCCCUCAUCAAAGGUGGCUGUGCUCUGGACCUGCAAGACAAAGAUGGCAACACGGCAUUGCAUGAGGUGUCCUGGCAUGGCUUUAGUCAGUGUGUCAAGCUACUGGUGAAGGCUGGCGCUGACGCUCACAUUAAGAACAAGGCAGGGAACACUGCGUUGCAUCUGGCCAGUCAGAAUGGCCACUGUCAGAGUGCCCAUCUUCUACUGCUGGGGGGGUCCCAGCCAGACAGCAAGAACCAUGUAGGAGAUACCUGUUUGCACAUUGCCUCACGCUACAAUCAGUUAGCUAUGAUCAAAACUCUGCUGGCUGCACUCUGCUCUGUGGCAGAGAAGAACGAGACAGGAGAUACUGCCCUUCAUGUUGCUGCUGCUUUGAAUCACAAGAAGACAGUUAAUUUGCUGCUAGAGGCUGGUGCUGACAGCAGCAUCAAAAACAACGCUGGUCAGACUGCUGUUGAUAAAGCCAGGGACCUGAACCACAGAGAGAUGGCUGUAAUGCUGUCCAAAGCAGACCAGGGUCAUUGCUUUGCUCGAGCAAGGACAGUGAGGAAGAGGCGAGACCAGCUGAAGGCGGCUCGGCGAGCUCAGUCGGUCCCCCGGGACGAUGUCCCUGCAGGCAAGGAGAGCAUGUCUGUGGCCGAGGACACGCACAGCAGUGACCAGGCUCUGAACAAGCGCAUCGAGCUGGUCAGCAAAGCCAUGUCUAGCCCACGCAACCGGAGGAAGUUACGCAAACUCAAGGACAGGGCGGACUCCCACAUGAGGAAGGAGGACCACAGGAGGAGAGCACGCAGCGCCAGCCCACUGGGCGAGGACGACAUGACCCUCCCCAACGGCAACGCCUACCAGCUCUACACUCUCUACCGUGACAAAGAUGGCAAAGUCAAACAGGCCCUGGCAACCGACUGCCACUGUAAGCCCUUCAUCAAGAAACUGGAGAACCAGCUUAAGGCCACCAAGAUGGAGAUCAGGUCCCAGAUCUAUAACAUCCACGAAGAGAUGAAUAGCAAGCUGGGUCGCAUGGAUCGUCAGAGCAAACAGCAGAUCAAAGUGCUUCAGAAGAUAGCACAGGAGCGUGUGUCUGCGGAGGGGAUGGAGUGCCUGUACCGCAUCAACCAGAGGUCCACCAUAGAGAGGCUGAACGAGGAGAGGAGACAGGCCAGGAAAGCGAGCGAGCUGAAGAACUGGUGCAUGUCCAAGAUCCAGGACAUGGAGGUGCGCCUUCCUGGGGACCCGCAGUAUUUCAAACUCCUCCCCUCGCCAUCUGUGGACCUGGAGGCAGAUCCAGAGUGUCUGCCGCUGCUGUCCGUGGUGUCGGGGGAGAGCACCAGUUCCUUGGCCACCUAUGUGAACGUGCUGCCGCCCUACUCUGCAGUCAGAGGACAUGACUUUGACGAGGCCAUCGGCAGGAAGUACUUUGAAGUGAAGCUUGACAGCUCUUCAGAAGACCAGCAGCAUCUGUCGGAGCUUUACUCAGUCCCCUCCCUGCACCUGCCCGUGAUGCACCACAAGAUCUACGCCCGGCCGCGGCCCAUCUCUGGUGACCCCCAGUGGCUGCCCACGGACCUGCAGGAGACAGACUCCUCUGAUGCCCGGCCCAUCUGGCGGGAUGAGUUCUGCCUGAGCACCUCCAGCGACAGCCUGUCACCCUGCAGCCGGCCACCAGGGGGCGACAGCGACCUGGACGAGGUGCUGGUGCCGGGCUGGUGCCUCCCGCGCCAACACCCGGUGUGUGACAGGGUCGUGAGCCGCGCCGCGCCCCUGAGGCACCCGUCCGGCGGGGGCGGCGGAGGCGGCGGGGGUGGCGGGGGCGGCGGCGGUGCUGUGCGGGCGAUGGAGUUGUUCGGCGAGCGCCCGGCCGAGAUGCCGUUCAUCCAGGAGCGGGACAACCUGCACGCCGUCGAGGUGACGCAGCGCUUCUUCGAGACGGUGUCCACGCAGCUGGAGCGCUGGUACGAGAGGAAGAUCCAGGAGGCCCAGAGGCUGGCCGAGCAGCGGGCCCAAAUGGACCGAUCCUCCCUCAUGGAGCGCAUCCACAGCCUGGAGGAGGAGCUUCAGGGCCUCAGAACAAACACACACACAUAG